AUGGUUCAAAAUAGUAAUUUAACUAAAAAGCAAUUGAGACCAGUUGGAUUAUUAACGUUUAGUUAUACAAUUGACAAACAAUUCUGUUUCUUCCGAUGGCGGAGGACUCAGCACCUCAAUGUGUACACCGACAUGUGUCCUCACGUCACUAACAACGGUUUAGGCCAACCACUCCUCCACAUGGAGGACGAUGGCGGCUUUGGCGGUGAUAAUAUGAACGGCGAAGGUGGAAGUACCUUCAGUUUGUUCGCGACUCACCAAUUCAUAGCGGAGAUGAUCUUCCAUGCACGUAUAGUGAACCAUCCGUGCCGAACAUGGGAACCCAGUGAGAACUCUGCGACAUUGUUUUACGUGCCGUUCUACGGUGGCCUUCACGCGUCUAGUAAGUUUCGAGAAUCUGACUUGGCAAAGCGUGAUGAAUUGGCGGUCGAGUUGGUAGAAUAUCUGAAUCAGCAGCCAUGGUGGCAGAGGAAUCAAGGCAAGGAUCAUUUCUUGGCACUGGGAAGGACUGCUUGGGAUUUCAUGAGGACGGAUUCCGGGUCUGAUUUUGGAGCCAAUUCGCUUUUAAAACUACCUCAUGUCAAGAACAUGUCUGUGCUCACAGUGGAAAGACACCCUUGGCAGGGCACCAACCAACAUGGGAUUCCAUUCCCAUCUUACUUUCAUCCCUCCACAUCGGCCGAGAUGGUUAAAUGGCAAAACAAAAUGAGGUCCAUGGACAGGCCUCACUUGUUCUCUUUCGUAGACGCUCCACGAACAGGAGUCGAGAAAGCAGCUAUCCGAGACGAAAUACUUCGACAAUGCAGCGAGUCACGUCGGUGCAAAAUGUUGAAAUGCGGCAGAGUCGGAGCGAGUAAAUGUCAUAAUCCAAGAGAAGUACUUAAAGUAAUGAGCGUCUCCAGAUUUUGCAUGCAGGCUCCAGGUGACUCGUUCACCCGGCGAUCUACAUUCGACUCGAUACUAGCUGGUUGUAUACCAGUCUUCUUCUCUCCGCACACGGCCUACACUCAGUACGAAUGGUAUUUACCGAAAGAUCCGAACGAGUAUUCGGUUUACAUACCCGAGAAGAAGUGGAAACAAAUAGAGGAGGAACUGAUGAAAAUUCCAAAAGCAAAAGUUGAGAAGAUGAGGAGUGCCGUUAUUGAUAUGAUCCCUAGAAUUACAUACACUCACCCUAAUGCAACUAGUGGUAAAGAUAAAAAUUAUCAAGAUGCUGUCGAUAUUGCACUUGAGCAGUUGUUCAAGCAUGUGAUGAUGAUUAACCCAACACCAAUCCAGUAG